AUGGCCGGAAUAAUGGUGAGCGCUUAUACUGGAGCGGUGAACUCCCUCCUGGGUAAGGUGACCACCAUCAUGGGAGAGGAGUUCGCCAAGCUGAAAAACCUGCGAAAAGAGGUGAAGUUCAUCCGUGAUGAGCUUGGCAGUAUGAAGGAUGCUCUCGAGAGACUUGCGUAUGUGGACCAGCUAGAUCCACAGACCAAGAGUUGGAGAAACACACUGAGGGAGUUGUCUUAUGACAUCGAGGACAUCAUCGAUGACUUCAUGCAAAACGUUGGGGACAAAUGCAAGAACUCCGGGUUUGUCCGCAAGACCAUUCGACGUCUCAAAACUUUAAGAGCUCGGCACCAGAUUUCUGGACAGAUUGGAGAGAUCAAGAAACUUGUGCUAGAGGUAAGGGACCGCCACAAAAGAUAUGCCCUUGAUAAGAUUAUCCCCCCAUCAAGUAAUGUUGUUGCCAUUGACCCACGAGUAAAAGCACUCUAUGAAAAGGCGGCUAACCUUGUUGGCAUGGAGGGGCCAAAGAAUGAACUUGUAGAUUGGCUAAUUGAUGAGGAGAAGCAGUUGAAGGUAGUAUCAAUUGUGGGAUUUGGAGGUCUAGGGAAAACAACACUUGCCAAUGAGGUAUACCAUAGGCUGAAGGGAGAAUUUGACAUUGGUGCAUUCGUGCCAGUGUCUCAAAAACCUAACAUUCCACAUCUUCUCCGUAGUUUACUAUCCCAACUUGGGGUAGAGCCAUCUAUUCAUGCCUGCGAGUCACAUCUUAUUGACAAGCUCAGAGAAGUUCUAAAGAGUAAGAGGUACUUGAUAAUAAUUGAUGAUCUGUGGGAUGUAACAUCCUGGGAAAAUAUUAAAUGUGCUUUCACAGAAAAUGAUCUUGGCAGCAGAGUGAUAGUAACCACAAGAAGUAAACAAGUUGCUAUGGCAUGUUGCCCCACUAGCCAUGAUCACAUUUGUCGUGAUCACAUUUUGCAAAUGAAGUCCCUUAGCAAUGAAGACUCAAGAAGGCUAUUUUUUGGCAGGAUAUUUGGCUCAGAAGAUGCUUGCCCUGAUCAGCUCAGAGAUGUUUCGUUUGAAAUUCUCAAAAAAUGUGAUGGCUUGCCCCUUGCAAUUAUUAGCAUAGCAGGCUUGCUAGCAAGUGAAGGUCCCAAAAAAGAGGAGUGGGAACAUGUACGGAAAUCUUUGGGCUCAAUGUAUGGGGCAAAACUCACACUGGAUAGGAUGAGAGAAAUCUUGAACCUCAGCUACAAAGACCUUCCAUGUCAUCUGAAGACAUGCUUGUUAUAUGUUGGUAUGUAUCCGGAGGACUACACAAUAAAGAGGUCAGAUCUGGAACGCCAAUGGAUGGCGGAAGGUUUUGUUACUAAAGAAAAUGGACAAGACAUGGAGAAAAUUGCUAGAAACUAUUUCAAUGAGCUUGUCAAUAGGAGCCUUGUUCAACCCGUAAGAUUUGACGGCAGUGGGUCGGUGACAGAAUGCAAAGUACACGAUAUGAUGCUCGAUCUUAUCCUGUGUAAGUGUGCAGAAGAGAAUUUUCUCACUGUAGUGGAUGGUUCGCAAGACAAUACAACACAGAAAUACAAGGUCCGUCGGCUGUCUGUUCGCUUGAAUGGUGCAGCUAAUGCAACAUUAUUACAGGGGAAAAUUAGGUUGUCACAGGUUCGGUCCGUUAUGAUCUUUGGAUGGUCUAAUAUUAUACCUCCUCUGUCAAAUUUCAAAUUCCUCCGAGUUCUUUUUGUCGAGGAUUACAGGACAAUCGACCUCACUGGGAUGAGCGAACUAUAUCAGCUAAGAUAUAUACAGAUUGAUGGCACUCGUGAUUAUGUACACCUACCAACACAGAUUGGAGGGCUCCAACAAUUAGAAACAUUUGAUAUACGCCGUUGUGCUAGUGUUCCAUCAAAUGUAGUUCAUUUGCCACGCCUGUUACAUCUCCGUAUUGAACAUGAUAGAGGGCUGCCUGAUGGGAUUGGCAAAAUGAAAUACCUGAGAUCUCUUGAUGGGUUUAAUUUAUCAGUAAACUCACUAGACAACUUCAUUGGCCUUGGAGAGCUGACCAAUAUAAGAGAUCUAACUCUCACCGGAAACAUGGUGAGACAUACGGAUGUUCUAUGCUCUUCUUUGAGAAAACUUUGUAGCCUCGAGUUCCUGUACAUAUGUACCGAAGGAUGCAUGGAUGGCUUGUCUCCUCCCUGCAGCCUUCAAAUCCUCGCCACAAGCUGGUUACCAUGGGGUUGUUGGUUUUCCAGGGUCCCUAACUGGAUGAGGGAACUUCAUAACCUGCGUGUGUUGCGAUUCAAAGUUGAUGAGCUGCUCACGGAGGAUGUUGAUAUUGUUGGGGAGUUGCCAUCCCUCACAGACCUUAUUUUAUAUGUACGAAGACCCCAAAAUGAAAUGAUUGCUGUCAAUGGAACAGGAGCAUUCCCUGUUCUCAAACGCUUUCGACUCACCAUCAGUAGCUCAUCAUGCCUGACAUUUCAGUCUGGGGCAAUGCCCAUGCUCCAGGGACUCUAUUUAACUUUCAGCGUCAAAGGAUGGAAGCAGAACGGGGCUGGACCAGCCGGCAUCGAGCACUUGCCUGCACUUGAAGAGGUGUCUGCAGAAAUCCUCUACAAUGGUACUACAGAAUCUGAAAAAUGCAGCGCUGAAUCCGCCUUUAGGAAUGCUGUCGACAGGCAUCCCAACAAUCCUCGCAUCGCUAUGAAAUAUGGAUGCCAAUAUCGGUUAACUGGGAUAGGUUUGUGA